AUGCUGAGAACGACCCUCUUAGUUGUGUACAUCCUGUUGGAAGUGCGGGUAAAACAGGCUAGUCAAGACUUCAUCGAUAAAUACAACAAGUACAACACGGUCUGUAAAGGAAUGGGAUAUCAAACUAGGAACUGUUCAGGGAAAGAUAAAGAUAACAUCGCUUUUCAUGCACGAUUAUUGAGAGCACAGGGAAACCUUGGUAACUACGCUGUUGUUGUUUUUGGGAAAGUAACACAGAACUCUGGAAAUGCUUAUAAUGCCAACACCGGUAAAUUCAUAGCACCUGAAGAUGGACUCUACUUUUUCCUCUGGACGAUUCUGACAAGGGACGGAAAAAUCUUUAACACUCAAAUUGUCCUCAACGGUAACAUUUUUGGUUACAAUAAUGCAGACGGCGUGUCAGGCAAUUCAAACUUGGCCUCUGGAUCUUCAUCAGCCGUUAUAAAAAUGAAAAAGAAAGAUGAAGUCUGGAUAAGAACACAUGGUAAAGACGGGAAAUAUGCUUAUGCUGAAUGGUCAUCAUUCACUGGAUUUAAACUGUAA